AUGGCUCGCAAGCAGACGUUGCUGCUGCUCGCCUUGGCAGCUACUGCUGCGUGUGCCCUGGUAGGGGGCGGAGUCUCCUUGCAACUGAACGCCAUCAACUAUUUUGUUUCGCCCUUCCCGCAGGGCAAGGUUGUCAACGGUACGCUUGAUGUCAAGACCCUGCCGAACCAGCUCGGAUUCAUCCCCGCAACGGUGAUAUCAGACACCGACUUGAGCCCGGAGAGCUUGUCCCGGAACUGGUCUACCGUGGACGACGUUUGGCAGCCCGCCUUUCUCGAAAACAUAUUCGUCGUCUCCAAUCUCAACACGGAGUCUGCCAGCGGGAGCUGGAGCUACCAUGAUGGAGUCUCAUCACUCGUGCUCUCGCCGGACGUCGUUGACAAAAUACCCUCGGGUCCAUAUUUCGUCAACGUCUUCACCGGACAGGCACAUCAGGCGUUCCGGCUCUAUGACGACUUUGCCGGCUCGUUCACCCAGUCCCUCCUGCAACGACCGGACGGCCGCUUCCAGACGCUGUCGGCGCAAGUCCCGGCGGCCGAUUCACUAACGAUUGGUGUCCCGUCCCGCCUGUACUUCACCAAGACUCCAGCCAAGCCUCUGGCCGGCGUCCGCGUCGGAGUCAAGGACAUUUACUCCCUGGCCGGCGUCAAAAAGGGCUGCGGCAACCGUGCGUGGUAUCAUCUGUACCCGGCGGCCGGCACCACGGGCACGGCGAUGCAGAACCUGAUUGACAAAGGCGCCGUCAUCGUUGGCGUGCAAAAGACGUCGCAGUUCGCCAACGGAGAGACGCCGACCGCAGACUGGGUGGAUUACCAUUCCCCCUUCAACCCCCGAGGAGACGGAUACCAGGACCCGGCCACGUCGUCCGCAGGGGCGGGCUCGUCAAUGGCGUCGUACGAAUGGUUAGACCUAGCCGUCGGCAGCGACACCGGGGGCUCGAUUCGAGGACCGGCCAUCUUCCAGGGCGUCUUCGGGAACCGUCCUUCCCACGGCCUCGUCAGUCUCGACGAGGUCAUGCCGUUGUCGCCCAGGCUGGACACGGCCGGAUUCCUGGCCCGCGACCCCUUCCUGUGGAAUGCCGCCAAUGCCGCGCUCUACGGGGACAACUACACGGAUUUCGCAGGCGAGAGGCCCAAGUACCCUGCCCAGCUGCGCUUGUUGGACGUGCCUGCCGACAACUCGUCCCGCUCCCUGGUCAUACAAGGCUUCGUCUCCGAGCUGGCCGAAUAUCUCGGUACGACGCCCACGGUCCUGGAUCUGGACAAGGAGUGGGAGACGACGGGACCACCGUCAGCCGGGGGCGAGGGCCUCUCGCAACUCCUCAACACCACGUACGCGGCGAUGAUUGCCAAGGACCAGACAAGGCUUGUCCGCGAGCCCUUUUACCGCGACUAUGCAGCUGCUCACGACGGCCGCCUGCCGUUUGUCAACCCAGUCCCGCUGGCUCGCUGGGGCUGGGGGGACUCCCAGCCGGACUCGAUCCUGCCGGAUGCUGUGCGGAACAAGACGCUCUUCAUGGACUGGUUCAACGACAAGAUCCUCCCGCGGAGCCCCGAAGCGCGGACCUGCUCGAGCGGCCUCCUCCUGGUCGGCGGCGCGGUCCGCUUCGUCAGUCGCAACGCGUACAUCAACCCGCCGGUGCCGCCGUUUGGCUUCUCCAACGGGCACAUAUCCAUCUUUGCCGAGACCCCGGACAGCGUCUUUCCGCUUGGCCAGGUCCCCGAGUUCAGCUCCAUCACGAACCACACCGAGUUUCUGCCCGUCGCCAUCGACGUCCUUGCCGCCAGGGGAUGCGACGGGCUCAUUGCCAGGCUGGCGGCGGAUUUGGUUGCCGCCGGCAUACUCGAGGUGCCAAAGGUUGGGGCAGGGCUGGACGGCGGAGAGAUUCUCAUGCGGCGGCGCUCCGCGGGACGUGUUUUGCAGUAA